CCCACCGCCGUAUUGGGAAGCGCCUUUUUGGGCCCGGUCCGUACCAGCGAACGAAUUGGUUGUGCAACGGUCUCCGCGGACUGCGGCUCGGGUGGCCGAGGUGAUGGAUUCGUACUCCCCCAUCUCCAGCCCGUCGCCUCCGGGUACGACGCCGCCCUCGCCGAACCUAUCGCCGGUGCUAUCCGCCUCUGAGUCGCCAGCGCCUUUUAGCUUUACCCUGUCCACCCCCAACGUAUCCCCGGCCCUGUUUGACUCACCCGAGUCGCCACCGCCAGAGAACACGACGACGUACUUCUCUCAGCAACCACAACCCUACUACUCAACGGCAGUGGUCGGGACCCAUCACCAUCAGAUGGAGUCCCAGCUAUUAAACCUUCAACGAUUAACAGCCAGGAUUUUGAACGGUCCUACGGAGAUGCGGCUUACCGGAGUCCUCAACCUGCGUGUUGCUUAUCACUAUGACAGCGUCGGAAAUGACUUCGUGGAGAACUGGAAACAGUUCUUAAAUCAGCUGAUGAAACUGUAUCAGGGUGACAACGAAAAGUAUUAUGAUCAAAUUAAGUCAUGGGAGAAGCCAUUUAAGAUCAACAAAACGAAUAUUCAAACAACAGUGGUGACCCUCGAAAAUGCGUGUGGUCUAAUUUGUUUGAACAUCGUUUCUCGCAUUGUUCUGAAUUUCUGCAUUUUCAAGAUCUGCGAUAGAAGCUGUAUUGACUUGGCGGUCAACGACUUCAUGACCUGGUACCACGCCAUCAAGCAAGCAGAAGGGUCCCAUGCAGUCGAUGAACCGAAAAGGUUGUGCACACUUUUUGUAGCCCAAGCGGGGCUUGGCUGUUAUAAGACCAGCUGGGAAGUUGGGCGUUACGAAGGAAUACGUUUAAGCCUUGUCAGUUUCUGA